AUGAACUUCGGCGUCCCCGCUAACUCGCUGCUUCUCCUCCGCGCAUGCGAUGAGGGGGACUACGAAACGGCCCGGGGGAUCUUGGAGCCCGGAGCCUCGAAAGACUCCGGUCGGCAGAGCAGACUGCGCUCGGAUGCGGGCUCGGAGUGCAACACGGCCGAUUUGUUGUUGUCUCUUGUACCGGUGGACUGCACGGACGAAGAGGGGAACACCGGCCUGCAGUUUGCCUCGGCCAGCGGUCAUGAAAACUUGGUCCGUUUUUUGCUUCGAAAGGGGGCCUCGGUGGACAGCCGCAACAAUUACGGCUGGACGCCCCUAAUGCAGGCUGCCAGAUUUGGUCACCUGACUGUUGCCCACAUCCUAUUGGAGAACGGGGCAGACAUUAACGGACGGAACAGGCUAGGAGCAAGUGUCCUGACUAUGGCUGCACGUGGGGGACACACUCACGUAGUCAAGCUUCUCCUGGAGAGUGACGCCUUCGUCGAUGACUUCGACCAUCUGGCAGAGGCAGUCUCCAAUGGAAAUAACAACAACAGCUGCAGUGCGGUUGGUUUUGGAGCCAGCGAAAGCUGCGCAGGAGGCGGUGUUAGAGAUUUCAUGGACGUUACAGCUCUGAUGGUGGCGUCUCAGCACGGCCAUGAAGCCAUAGUGCGUUUGCUGCUGGAGUGGGGCUCCGAUGUCAGCUUUACGCAGAAAACUACCGGCUGGGGUCCCUUAAUGGUGGCUGCGCUCAGUGGCAAGGUGGCCGUAGCCCAGCAGCUGGUGGAGCGUGGCGCUGAUCCAGACCGAGUUAAUGUAUUGUCCAAGACAGCAUUUGAACUAGCUAUGCAGCUAAAACAGAGAGAGAUCAAAACGUAUCUGGACUCUAUCACCACUGUACGACCACAGACUGACGAUGAGAGGCGAAGACCAGAUGUGUUCAGCGCCCUCAAACUUGGAAAUUCCCAGCUAGUCAAAGAAAUCUUAGAAGAGGAUUCCAAUCAGGUGAAUUCCUCCAAUCAGGAAGGAGCAUCGCCACUCAUGAUAGCAGCGGUGAGCGGUCAGUUAGAAGUUGUGCAGCUAAUGGUGGAGAAGAAGGCCGACAUCGACAAACAAGACGGAGUCCAUGGUUGGACAGCCUUGAUGCAGGCCACAUAUCAUGGAAAUAAAGAUAUUGUCAAGUACUUAUUGAGUCAAGGAGCUGAUGUCAACCUUCGAGCAAAGAAUGGAUACACAGCUUUUGAUUUAGUCAUGCUGUUGAAUGAUCCAGACACUGAGCUAGUGCGUCUGCUAGCUUCAGUGUGUAUGCAAGUAGACAAGGAGAGGUCCAAACAUCGUGGUAGGACAUCAGUGACUCAUUCCAAAGGCAGACAUGCCUUCAACAACGCUCCUUUGCCACCUGAUGACAAAGGAGGACUCAAGUCCUGGUGGAACCGAAUGUCUAAUCGGUUCAGGCGACUGAAGCUGACUCACACCUUGAGGCACGGCCUUUUGUCCAACCGACUGGCUCCAUUCCCUGAUGACGCAGAGACAUCGCUGGAUGCAACAAUGAAAGCGGACGUAAAUCCUGCGAGUACCGCCAACGCUGCUCUGGCAUCUACUGGUACCCAGGGAGGAAGUGACAUCAGCGCUGUCUGGGCAGUUAAGACCAAAGAUGCAGGUCUAUGCAGGUCAUCGUCAGAAAAAGAGGACAUGCUAAUUACCACGAUGCUUCGAAGUGGAGCGCCUCUGACCCGGCUACCUAACGACAAGCUGAAGGCAGUCAUCCCUCCCUUCCUGCCCCCAUCCAACUUCGAAUCAUGGAACUCUGAUCGCUCACAUCUCCUCAGGGAGGGAAAAAGUGAAGCACCCCGGCUUCCCAUGCCUCCCCAGAGAAAGCUAAACAGCAGCGGAAACUCCGAUAUUACAUCCAUCAGUCGAGUGGUGAGCAGGUCCAUUAAGUUUCCUGGCAUUCCCAAAGGGCCAUCGUCCUCUUCUCCUUCCAAUUCAGGGCACUACCACUCACCUCACUCCUCUGGGGGCUCCAAUGGAGUGGCGGGGCUCAAUCGGGACACGCACAACCGCUCAGGGGGCAGUGCAGACGGCGUUCUCGCCCAGAUAGCGGCUCAAAGGAAGAAAGCCGCAGGUUUGAUUGAUGUUAAGAUUCAACCUGAAAAACAAGACACACAAACUUCACGUCAAGCUCCUCUCCCUGCCUCCUCUACCACCAUGCCAACACCAGACAUCAGCUUCCCUGACAACAACUCCCAUCCCAAUUUGGUCACCUCUGAUAUCUCCUCUAGAAGGAAGAUAGACUUGAAGAGGCGACCUCAAUCCGGGAAUUCGUCAACAUCGAAGAGCACGUCGCCCACUCUGACUCCAUCUCCUUCCCCGACCCCUAAGCCUUCCGGUGGACAAGGAGACUCCUUGUCUUCUACUUCUUCUCAUCCUCGCUCCAAGAGCAGCGGCGGCUCCAGUAGCGGAACCAUCACUGACGAAGAUGAACUAUCAAGUAUCUUAAAGAAACUCUCCUUGGAAAAAUACCAGCCCAUAUUUGAAGAGCAGGAGGUGGAUAUGGAAGCAUUUUUGACUCUAACAGAUGGAGACCUGAGAGAACUUGGCAUUAAAACAGAUGGACCUAGACAACAGAUCUUGGCAGCCAUAUCAGAGCUCAACGCUGGGAAGGGCCGAGAAAGGCAGAUCCUUCAAGAAACCAUCCACAACUUCCAGUCAUCCUUUGGCAGCAGUGCCAGUAACCCGAGACCACCGGGAGAGCCACGCUCUCCAACUAACUGGAUGAGACACCAGGUUCGUUCCUCCAGUAAGAGGUAA